AUGCAGACUGCUUCUACAAACAUUUGUGAAAGAAUGUGCAAUAAGUCCAUCCAUGAAAUUUCCUUGCUACUAAAUAUUCCACUUUCAACUGUUAAUGGUAUUAUAUCAGCAACUGGGAACAACAGCAACUCAGCCACAAAGUGGUAGGCCAUGUAAAAUGACAGAGCGGGGUCAAUGCAAGCUGAAAUGCACAAUGCGCAGAAGUCGCCAACUGUCUGCAGAGUCAAUAGCUAAAGACCUCCAAACUUUGUGUGGCCUUUAGAUUAGAGAGUGUCUAGAGAGCUUCAUGGAAUGGGUUUCCGUGGCCGAGCAGCUGCAUCCAAGCCUUACAUCACCAAGUGCAAUGCAAAGCGUCGGAUGUAGUGUUGUAAAGAACGCCACCACUGGACUCUAG